AUGUUUGUUUUUGAUAGCGAAUCCGUAACGACUGAAAACUGCGACAAUCUUUAUAUCGAAACCGUUUACGUCAUUGAUUCGCCCUACUCGAAAGAUGAUCAAAUCGAUGCAAACGAUGCGAGCGAUAACGCCGAAGACCUCGAGCAAAUCCCAAUUAAAAGUGAACCCGAGGUACGACUCGAACUGCCAAAAGGAAAAAAAUUCAGUACUUACUACAGACCUCAACUUUAUCCUUGCGAACUGUGUCAUAAAACUUUCACUCGAGCUUGCGAUAUUUUAAAUCACGAUGAUACAGAUCAUCAGAACAUACCACGUACGGUGAGCUGUGACGUUUGCGGCAAACUAGUCAUAUGCGAUGCUCGAUUGAGGCUUCAUAAACAGAAAUUCCAUACAGAGAAAAUCUAUCCUUGUAAUAUUUGCCAAAAGAAAUUCGUCUCUUGUAAAUCGCUGAGUAAGCAUUACGAUAUACAUUACCAGCAGUUCAUUUGCAGUCACUGCGAUAAAUGUUUCCGGUCGAAGAGUACGUUGUUGACGCAUAUUAAAAAACAUAUCUUAAAACAAUCUUUCACUUGUGACAAAUGCGAUAAAAAUUUCUCAAGUAAGGCAGGAUUGCGUGUUCACGAAAGGACUCAUUCUUCUGUUAAGCUUUUCAAAUGUGAUAAAUGCGGGUUCGCCGCUAAACACCAAAGCGGUAUUUAUAUUCAUAUGAUAACUCGACACAAAGUAGAAGAAUCAAUUGUCUGCGAAUUGUGCGGUAAAUCGUUUAAAAAUAAAAUGCGUUUAAAUGAACAUCAUAAACGGAAACACCAGACGCCCAAACGGUACGCUUGCGAUAAAUGUGAUCAUAAAUUCAAACAAAUGUAUCAGCUCAGAGUUCAUUACAGAACGCACACCGGGGAAAAACCGUUCAUUUGCGAAGUCUGUGGUAAAGGAUUUACUCGAAGUGAUGGCUUAAAAGAGCAUAAUGUUCGUGUCCAUCUUGAACCUGUUGUCGAUUAA